AUUAUAUGUAUUUAGGUUGCCACCAUUGCCCGCAAAAAAAACUCGCCAUUGGAUUAUGUUUAUUGUACAAUAACGUUCAAAUUUGAACUUUCGAGGCUGGUUUCUAUCAAGAAUGAUCAAAAAUAUUAACGUUUUGUUACCGCAAUGAAGUUACGUUGCUUGUAACGUUGAUGUGCGCGCGGAACUACCGGAUUCCAUUUGUCAAGACGUUGACGCUAGCAGCUAGCUUGGGCUAGCUGCCCUUACUUUGUGUUAAUUACGUCAAAUUUGUUUCAUUGCUGCCACAUUAGUUUGGCAAUACACAACACGUUAGCUGAAGCAGUAGUUUAACAACACGGUUGGACCACAAAGAGCUUCAGAGAAUGCUGGCCACGGGAGCUGCUGUAACUAACGUCACAGCCCUGGCCCAGGUAGACCGGGAGAAGAUCUACCAAUGGAUCAAUGAGUUGUCCAGUCCAGAGACCAGAGAAAAUGCCUUGCUGGAGCUUAGCAAGAAGCGAGAGUCUGUGCCAGACCUGGCACCGAUGCUCUGGCACUCCUGUGGCACUAUUGCUGCCCUGCUGCAGGAAAUAGUGAACAUCUAUCCAUCUAUAAACCCACCUACGCUUACAGCUCACCAGUCCAACAGGGUGUGCAAUGCCCUGGCACUUCUGCAGUGUGUUGCCUCACACCCCGAGACAAGGUAA